CGGGGGCGGUGAACCUGCUGCCUCGGUUACUGGGAGCAACACAGACGCCUCGAGUUACAGGCGCCCCGGCCCGGCCGGAGCGGGGCCAUUGCCAUGGAGCGUUCCCUGCACCGCGUCUCCCUCGGGAGCCGGCGCGCCCACCCGGGCUUGUCCUUCUACCUCACCACUUUUGGUCAGCUGAAGCUGUCCAUCGAUGCCCAGGACCGGGUUCUGCUGCUCCACAUCAUAGAAGGCAAAGGCCUGAUGAGCAAGGAGCCUGGCGUCUGUGAUUCCUACGUGAAGAUUUCUUUGGUCCCCGAAGAUAAUCGACUACGCUGUCAGAAGACGCAGACCAUUCCAGACUGCAGAGACCCAGUCUUCCACGAGCACUUCUUCUUUCCCGUCCCAGAGGAAGACGAACAGAAACGCCUUCUGGUCACAGUGUGGAACAGGGCAGGUGCCUCCAGACAGAGUGGACUCAUUGGCUGCAUGAGCUUCGGGGUGAAGUCCCUCCUGACUCCGGACAAGGAGACCAGCGGCUGGUACUACCUGCUGCACGAGGACCUGGGCCGGACCAAGCACCUGAAGGUGGCCAGGCGGAGACUGCAGCCCCUGAGAGACCCUUUGUUGAGACUGUUGGGAGGUGAGGACACCGAGAACAGGGAGAAACUCAAGAUCACCAUCCCGAGGGGGAAGGACGGCUUCGGCUUCACCAUCUGCUGCGACUCUCCGGUGCGAGUGCAGGCCGUGGAUUCCGGGGGCCCGGCAGAGCGGGCAGGGCUGCAGCAGCUGGACACGGUGCUGCAGCUGAACGAGAGGCCCGUGGAGCACUGGAAAUGCGUGGAGCUGGCACACGAGAUCCGGAGCUGCCCCAGCGAGAUCAUCCUGCUCGUGUGGCGCAUGGUCCCCCAGGUCAAGCCGGGGCCAGAUGGCGGGGUCCUGCGGCGGGCGUCCUGCAAGUCGACCCAUGACCUCCAGUCGCCCCCCAACAAGCGGGAGAAGAACUGCACCCACGGGGCCCAGGCACGGCCAGAGCAGCGCCACAGCUGUCACCUGGUGUGUGACAGCUCGGAUGGGCUGCUGCUCGGUGGCUGGGAGCGCUACACUGAGGUGACCAAGCGCGGGGGCCAGCACACCCUGCCUGCACUGUCCCGUGCCACUGCCCCCGCCGACCCCAACUACAUCAUCCUGGCCCCGCUGAACCCUGGGAGCCAGCUGCUGCGGCCUGUGUACCAGGAGGAUGCCAUCCCCGAAGAAUCAGGGAGUCCCAGCAAAGGGAAGUCUUACACGGGCCUGGGGAAGAAGUGUCGGCUGAUGAAGACGGUGCAGACCAUGAAGGGCCAUGGGAACUACCAGAAUUGCCCGGUCAUGAGGCCGCACGCCCCGCACUCAAGCUAUGGCACCUAUGUCACCCUGGCCCCCAAGGUCCUGGUGUUCCCCAUCUUCGUUCAGCCUUUAGAUCUCUGUAACCCUGCCCGGACCCUCCUGUUGUCGGAGGAGCUGCUGCUGUACGAGGGGAGAAACAAGGCUGUCGAGGUGACGCUGUUUGCCUACUCUGACCUGCUGCUCUUCACCAAGGAGGAUGAGCCAGGCCGCUGCAAUGUCCUGAGGAACCCCCUCUACCUCCAGAGCGUGAAGCUGCAGGAAGGUUCUUCAGAAGACCUGAAAUUCUGUGUGCUGUAUCUAGCAGAGAAGGCAGAGUGCUUAUUCACUCUGGAAGCACACUCGCAGGAGCAGAAGAAGAGGGUGUGCUGGUGCCUGUCGGAGAACAUUGCGAAGCAGCAACAGCUGGCGGCUCCGUCCCCUGAGAGCAAGAAACUGCACCCUUAUGGCUCUCUCCAGCAGGAGAUGGGGCCGGCCAACUCAACCAAUGCUACCCAGGAUAGAAGCUUUACCUCAUCAGGACAGACUCUGAUUGGCUGAGCAAACCCAAGGGCAGGACUCUGCUUCUGGCAACUUAACCCUUUCUUGGGCAUCCCCUACCACACAGUAACCUCACCUCAACUGGACCCAAAACGGAGGACCAAGAUGGUGGGCCUAGGGUCAUCUGAAGGGCGUGGCGCCACGGGUGUGUGGACUGGCGUCAGAAGGGCCACAGUGGUGUGAGAGGCCCUGUGGGCAGAUGCAGACUGGAUCAGAAAGCCCCAGAUGGAGAAGACCCAGAAACUUAUUCCCUACAAGGAAGAAGGAGGUGAAAUAGCAUCUGGGCUACCCGUGGUUCCAGCGCCUGCCUCAGGGGCAGCAGGAGAAGUUGGGAGAGGUCAGCGCUGACGGAGAACAAUGCCAAGAUCCGCUGCUGCCAGAAGAUAUCUCCACCCAUUCGCUCAGUUUUCAUCUGAACUCAUGCAUUCAUUCCUUCAUUCAUCAGAUAUUUUUAGGGCGUCUACUUUAUGCCAGGCUCUGGGCUAGGAGCCGGAGAUACUAUGGAGAAUGAGAGGGACGUGGUCUCUGCUCUUAUCAAGAUUUCAGUCUUAGUAGGGGAGAGAGCAUUACGUAAACACCAACACACACACACACACACACACACACGGGAUUACACACUGUGAUCAUCAAUGAAGGAAAAGAAAGGAUUCCUUUAAGAGAGAAUAUUACUAGAGAUUGCUGUGUGUGGGUGUGCGGGUGUGGGGUGGGGGAGGGGAAGAGCAUAACUUUUAAGCCAAGAAAGGAGUUAGCCAGUCAAGGACUUUGGAAAGAAUUUUCCAGACAGAUGGAACAGCCUGUGAAGAGUACCUGAGAUAGCAAGGAGCAUGGCGUGCUGGAGGAAUGGAGGCCAGGCCGUUGGAGCUGGAGCUUAGUGAGGGGGAAGACCAAGUGGGUGGGGGCCAGAUCGUACAGGGCUUUGGUGGUUAAUGUUGUAUGGAUUGCAUUUGAGACACAGUGGGAAGCCAUUGAAGGCUUUUGAGAAAGGGAGUCACAGAAUCUCAGGGACAUUUCUAGAUGUUGAGAGAACCCAAGGAGGGGCCCAAGUGGGUGUGAGGAGAUCAGGUUUUUUUUGGGGGGGGGGGUCCCUUCAGUCCUCCAGGGGAUGGGUGAUGGUGGCCCGUCCUGGCUGAUGGCUGGGGAGGCGGGUAUAUGAAUGCCCAGACCCUCGGGUAGGGGAGGCUCUGUGAUGAGAAGAGAGAGUUUCCUGUCCCUCCACCACUCUCACCCUCAUCCUCCACUGUGUCUCACUCUUUCAGUGGAUGCGAGUAAGGAUGGGGCCUUCCUCACGGAGCCCCCUCCUGGUGAGGCCUGGGUAGGGACCAGUGCUGAGUUCCGAGAAUGUCCCUGGGAGUUGGGAGUUAUGGGUGCUUCAGCUGGCCAAGGUGGUCAAGUUCACAGGCCCCCAGCCUCAGCAGGGGUGGCCUAUGCUGUCCCUCCAUCCUGUAAACACAGCCCUCUGGAAACUGACUGGGUUUGCUUUCUGCAGAGCUCCUGAGGGUCAGGGACUGGGGCUAAGUGUGGCUCAGCACACUUAGAGGAGGCCGUCCUGCCAUGAGGCUGACAAAAGGCCUACCAGGGGACGGCGGUUAGAGCUCAGCCUGCUCACUGCCUGCUGCACCUUCUGGUGCAGCCCAGCGUUGGGCAGCUUUCACACCCUUCUCUAACUGCGCAGACAUAGCUCACACACAAAGGGUAUGUGUAGGAUCAGGGUCAUUUGCAUAGAAAGGGGGUCAGAGAGGCUGGACUUCAGCUUAAGAGAAGUCCCCUUGGAGCUUGGACACUCCGUGUUGUGUCUUGUAAGAGCUUCUCCGUGUCUUUAGAGAGGGGUCUUGUGCCCUGGUUUGCUCAGCUGCUUUGGCUACUUGACCCCUAAGAAGGGUGGCCCAGAAGAGAAUUUGCCCCUUACCUCCCACGGAUCACCCCUCCUCCCAGCCUAGGAAAGAUCAGACCCGUCGCAUCAGUAAUCUAACGGGAUCAGCCCAGUGCCCUGCCCAGCAGGGGAAUAGCCUGGGCCUGAAGUGGGACAAGUGAUCCGCAGUGUCUAUCAGCCGAGACUCCGCCUGCAGGGUUAAUUCUGAGAGGCUGAGCAGCUGAGUCUGCACAGACAGCAAGCUGCACCAUGAUUUCAUUUGAUUCCCUUACAAAAUGACAUUAAGGGGAGUGGGAGGCACAGGAGAAUUGCCCGUCUGGGAAGACAGCGAGCUUUUCUCUCCCGGACCUGGGGACCUACCUCUGUCCACCAGACAGGUGCAGAGGACGGGGGGAGCUCUGGCAGCAGGGAAACAGAGACUCGGAAUGCGGCACUUAGCCCUGGGGACAGCACUUUCCUCUGGCUUGUCCCAACAAGCUGCUGAGUGGAGCGGAAGCUCCCGUCAGGGUCCUAGACCUGGCUGGCUGCUGGGAAAGCAGACAUCAGCUCCUGGAGGGCCCUGGACCCAUCUUUCCAGUGACUGUCGUGAGCCACAGUGCCAUCGCUGCUCUGCCUCUCAAAUCGAUGAGACAAUUAAUUUGGCUCCACGGGCUCAAGAAGAUGAAAUAUGACCGGGUGGCCGCUGCUCCUCAGAGGCCCUGUCCAUCCCAGACGUCCAGGAUGAUGAACGCAUCGAAAUCGCAUUUGAGAGUCAUAAUCACGGGAAACAUGGCCGAGCCCCUCCCUCCACAUAAAUCACGCUAAGAAGCUCACACAAUGGUCUCUUUCCUGAUGGGCCAAUUGUCUUGGUGUGUGUCUCGGGGCGAGCUGGGAGCACGGGAGCACAACCAUUUAUUGUUGAAAAGGCCAUCUGUGCGAUUUGAAUACAAAGUGAUUCUUUAAGUUCCCCACACAUCCUUUGAUCCCAUUUUUUUGUUUUCUUAUUGUCUCAGGCUCUGGGUCUGUUGAAACUCCCAGUCUCUCCUGGAAGCAGUCAUGCUCUGGUCUCUGCUGCCUGGGUCCUUGGGCCCUUUGGGAGUUGGAACCUGUUGGAAAUAAUGAUGACAUUUAUUUAUGUAUGCCUUGUUUUUUUUUAUUCUUUAGUUUAAAUUCUUUUUUCAUAAAUUCUGCCACCCAAGCCUGAAUUUCUCAUACACGGCACCAAGAGCAUUCUGCAGGUUGAAGGAGCAGGCAAUUUCACAAUGUGGGAGGGCUCCCCACAGCGAGAGCAUGGGCUUCAGAGAUGGCAACUGGGAUCCCCAGGCAUUAUCUCCCUUAGACCUCCCAGCAGCCUUGUUUUAUGGAUGGAAGGGACUAAGACUCAGAGAAGUUAAGUGAUUUAUCCAAGGUCACAUAACUGGUAAGAGGCCGAGCUAGUCCUCAAGCCAAGGCCUUGCAACCUAAUCCAUUGCUCUUUCUAAAUGAAAGGUUUGCCUUUUAGGAGUGGAAGUAAGAGAAAUCAAUCAUCUCCUCCAGGAAGAGCCAGGAGGAAGAUAUCCUGCAUGCAGAAAUCGUGGCCCUUUAAGAUCCAGAGGGGAUGCUUUAGGACUAAUAAAAAUGAGAUGCCUAAUUCUCUACACAGUGGAGAAUAAACUUCGAGUUCAUAUGGCCCAGGGGUGGCCCAAGCUGAAAAGAUGAAUAGCUUCACACAAGAUUUAAGAGGUCUGAUGUGAAAGACGAGGUGGAAGUCCUGAAGACAGGCUCUCAGCAGCACUGGGGUGGUGGGGUCACCCCAUCCCCCUUUUGAGUCUGGCAUUCAAGAGGACCAGCAGCACAGUCUUGGGGUACCUGGCCGCAAUGAACAGCGGCCGAAGGCAGAAGGGGAUGGCUCAGGUUCAGGCCCAGAUGCACUGAGCAUGAGUACAGGAAGGAGGCCUUUGACCUCUGCCCUGUUGAGGGUGAGGAGAGAGCCUACUCCAGGUUUUGGGCCCAGAUUUUGCCAGUUGACUGACUUGGAAUCUCAACCCUAAGUAACUGGGUGUCAAAUGGACUAGAUUUCAGAUAUUCUCCACCCGCCGCCACCAACCCCCCCAACCCACCCACCUCCGCCAAAAACCUGUUUUCCAGUCUCUUCAGCUCUCCGCCCUCCCCUGCUUGCUGCCCGUCUGGCUGCGGAGAGACUGCCUUCUUCCCGCCUUAGUCAUCUUGCUAUCUUUUUUUGUUCUUAAGGAAGACAGCACAGCCUUACCCUCUAUCUUGUCUUGACCUCAUCUUUCUUCAAGCCUUUCUCUGAAUAGGGCCACUGUCCUCCAAACUGUUCCCAGAUCCUUGGUUUAAGAGUAGAAUAAUAACAGUAGGUAAUUUAUAAGUGAGUGCUUAGACCGUGAACCUGGAGCAAUGCCAGGCUCUUCACCUACAUUGUCUCUUUAAUCCUCACUACAGCCUCGUGAGAUUCUUUGUGGUCCUUACACAUUUACUCUCAUUAUACUCAAUUGAUAUAGGUAAGGACGCUGAGUCUUUGAGAAGAAACUUGCCCAAGGUCACACAGCCAGUGGGUGGCUUGGAUUGGAACCUGGAUGCCCAGCUCCAGAGCACUGGCUUUGGAUUGCUCUGCUCUCCUACUUUCCAGCAGUCACGGACUAUCCAAGCUGGGAGGGGUGGGGAAGCUGAGCAGUCACACUUCCUGCUUCAAGACCAUCGUGGGAGGCCAUGGUCCCAGCCUGCUUCUUAAGGCUCUCCCUCUGCCCUCCUGCUCUGUGCCCGCCGCUCGGCCGUACUGGAUUAUUUUCCUUCUCUAAAUUCCCCACGCAUGUUCGUGUUUAGGCUGUUUCUUCUGCCUCAUGUUGCCUGCCUUCCUCUGCUGCUCCUGACACAUACAGUCCUCAGCCUUCAAGGCUCCCCUGAGACACCUUUCUCAGGCGUGCAUCAGAAGUCACUGCUUCCCCCUCUGUGUUCCACAGUAUUUUGUUCAUCUUUAGCACAGUGCGUUAGGCAGAUAUGUCUCACCUGCAAGACCGUGAGCUCCUUGGGAGCCAGUGGAGGUCAAAGUUUAUUUAUUUCUGAUUCUGUUACUGCCUGGUCCUUGGUAGGUGCUCAGUAGAUGUUGUAGAAUUGGAUUGGGCCAUGCAGUUCAAGCCUCUCACGUUCUGGAAUCUAGACGAGGAAACUGAGGCUCAAAAAGGGGAAGUGACCUGGCCAGGUUCGUGGGACAAGGUAGUGGCAGAGCCAGGACUAGAACGCAGGUCUCCUGACUUUCUUGGCUCAGAGCUUUUUCCACUGCACCUCAGCUUUGUAAGACCAGAGCCUGGAUCCCCACUUGGCCUUAAGCAAUCUAAUCUGGCCAGACUCACUUAAGGGUUAUAGAUGCCACCAUAUCCACGCUGACUUCUGGGCAGCCUCAGAGGGAAGGAGACCCUUCUGAGACCCAGAACUGCUCCUAUGGUUCUCUUCCCUGGGUUUGUGGAGCUCCCUUCUCACUGAGCUCCCUUGCCUUCAGAGAAAACCAGAGUAGGAUUCUGAAGAUCUCGGUUCAAAUCCUGAUUUUGCUUGUAACUCACUGUGUGACUUUGGGCAAAUUACUUCACCUCUCUGAUCAUUUGUUUCUUUACCAAGAAAAAUGAGGGAGUUGAAUUUAGGUGAUCUCCAGGAAUCAUCUUCAAAGCCUCAGGACUCUAAUAACAGGUUAAAAGAAAAAAGAAAUCAGACAUUUUGGUCUUCACAUUGAAACAAGAGUGUAUGUGUGUGAAUAUAUGCAAAUGUUGUACGUGGUUAAUAUUCAUCAUGUACUUGAGACAAAUAAGUAUACUUAUGGACCUUAUACAGGAAGGGGUCCUCAUCACAGGCACUCAGAUUGUAAGCACAACCCUGCUUCCUUCCACCCAAAUGUGCCUCCUUCAGGCUCGCCCCAGGGAAAGCGGCAAGGAGCUUUCAAACCUAGAAUCUUCCCCUGGCCCUUCUUUUUUCCUGCUCACAGGACUCUUGUUUUAACUUCACAUAUAUAGGUAUACACAUAUGUUCUUUAAUCGGACUCCUGGUCUAUGGCAUAAAGCUAACUUUCAGUGGAAGUAGUGAGAAUCUGUGUGCAGUGCCUUUAGUUUCUAGUGUGGUCAGAAGUCUCCUUCAGACUCUUCCCCAGAAGUUGCCACUGACUUUUUCAUUGCCUUUAAUGUAUAUCUUCUUUUGCUCAAACACUACUCAGGGUAAAUUUUCUAAAACAGUGUCUUUUAAAUGUUAGUCAUUUUCCAUUUUGGUUAAAUUCUAUCACAAUAUAGGUUUCUGCUAUUUCUCCUCGUGGGAGAAAAUUAAGUGUUCAGUAGGCUAGCCUAGGAAGCUGACCACCAUUUAUAACACAAUUUUCAAUGGGAAAAUGCAUUCUGAGACCCGUCAUCAACUCUCAGAUGAUUUGGGAAUACAGCUCAACACACACCACAAAGCAGAGAAUAUAAUAUUUAUUUCAUGAGUGACUAGAAUUUUGAUAGAACCACAGAAUCUUUGAGUGUGGAACUGUAAAGCCUCCUCCCUCCCCCACCAGGAUCAAUCGAUUAACAAGCUGAUUUGUAGAAACCAAGACCAAGAGAGGGGCAAGAACUUGGCCAGGGGCCCGUAGUUGGUGCUAGAGCUGGAACUAGGACCCACCGCUCAGCGCUCCCCUUCAGGGGCCUUUGAAGAGUCUGCCAGGUUGGGGACGGGGCGGGGCACAGACUGUCCUAGAGACACUUGUCAUCUCACUCGGCUGUGUUGUCAUUAGGAAAAGUAAGUCACCACUUUGGGCUGUAAUGGAAAUAGUGAGAAAUAGCCCUGCCAAUGGUGUGGGGAGAGGUUGUCUAGUCAGCUGGCUUGUCUAUAAAUUCCCAGUGCGUUCUUGCUGGAGCGGAAUGAAUGGGGCUGCUGUGUUUUACCUGGAGCUCUGAGCAGGGCAGGGCUGGCGGAGACGCUCCCAGUUCUAAAAAUAGUAGUGGGAUUGGAGCUGAGGGGAAGAGGAAGGGGCUCCUUCGGGAGCUGGGUGGGACGCCUCACCCCCUUCCUCUUCCUGCCAGGCCCUCUGUGAGGAAGCACCAUCGAUUCAGAGAAUUUAGAUCUGGGAGGGUCCUGGAGCCACCAGCGCUCACGGCCCCUCCUCACACAGAAGAGGAGACCCUGGAGGCCCGGAGUGGGGAAAGGACUGGCCAGCCAUCCCCAGCCCAGGGGGAAGGUCCCAGAUGGUAGGCUGUUUUCCUCCUGCUUUUAGCAGGGCGGCAGCAGGCCGGGCGAGGUUUUCUCUCCCUGCCACUGGGAGCGCACAGGGCCUGGGAACUCCUGGGGCCGGAUGUGGUUAGGCUUCCUGAAUGUCGCCCAGCAGGCGAGGAGUCCCUGGCUAGUCUGCCCUGAGCCCUGACCUCAGCCAACUGGCCUGCCAGCGCCACGCCUUCCCCUUGCCGUUGUCCCCACCCUUGCUGAUUUGUCCUUCUGUCGCCCCCUAGACUGUCUGCAGGGAGGGAGGACAAGGGCCCGCAUAGAACCAGCCUGCAGGACAGAGGGCCUAGUGGCUUGGGACCUUUCUCUGCCCAUCCCCAGGAACAAGCAGGGGCAGCUAAGGUAGAGGCAGGGGCCUGAUUCAGAGGUAGGCAGGCCAGGGUUCAAAUCCCAGCUCUGCUUCUCACUGGCUGUGGGAUUACUGGCACGUAACCUAGCCUCUGUCAAAUGAGACAAGGACAUCUCUCUCACAGGGUUCUCCUGAGGAGUAAGGGGAAUGGUCUGUGCAAAGUGCCUGGCAUGUAGUAGGUACAGACAGCCCUCCGCAUCUGCGGGUUCUGCUUCCACAGAUUUAACCAACCGCAGAUAGAAAAAAAAAAAAACAAUAUUCCAGAAAGUUCCAAAAAGCAAAACUUGAAUUUGCUGAGCUGGCGACUAUUUACAUAGUAUUUCCGUCGUACAACUAUUUACAUGGCAUUUACAUUGUAUUAGUAUUAUAGGUAAUCUAGAGAUGAUUUAAAGUAUAUGGGAGGGAUGUGUGUAGGUUCUAUGCAAAUACUAUGCCAUUUUAUAUAAGUGACUUGAGCAUCCCUGGAUUUUGGUAUCUGCUGGGGGUCCUGGAACCACCCACCUCCCACCCCACAGGAUACCAAGGGACGACUGUGCUUAGUGGCAGCUGUUAUUGCCAGAUCAAGUGUGAACAUGUGCUUGACUCUGCAGCCCCCUUCUUUGGCCCUCCACCCAUGAGGGCAUGGCAGGUGUGGGUUUUUUUUUUUUUUUGAAUGCAGUUGACUUUUGUUGUAUUGUUACAAAGGUAAUUCAUGUUUAUUAUGAAGAAAACAUUUAAUACAGUUGAAACAGGAGAAGGAAAUGAAGUUCACCCUUAAUCCCAACACCCAGAGAUAACCACUGUUAACAUUUUGGGGUGUAUCCUGUCAGGCAUUUGUUUAUACACACAUAUACGUUUGUGUGUAUAAACAAAUUGCAAAUUGGGGUUGCCCAUGCACACAGUUUUCUAAGUUGCUUUUUUCCAUUUAACAAUGUAGUGUAUCCACGUUUCCAUGUCAA